AAUCGGCAUCAAACGAAUUCACGCCCAUAUUAACAGACGUUAAUGAAUUCCUAUAUGAAGAAAGGCAUAUUUCAACGAGUGGCAGUAGGUUGAACCAAGUUCAUUGAGGUAUUAUGAAACCAAAUUACAUACAAAUGUGGGAAUAUCGAUUAUCGUGAGUGAAAAAAAAAAAUAAUUAACCCAUAAUAAACACGGUAGUUGUCUCACACAUAUACAUAUGUAUAUAUGUACAUACCAGUUAAAUGAAUACCUUCCUUAUGGAACUAAUAAUAGUACAAGCUUAAGUGAGUAAUGCCUUAAUGUUUUUGCAACUAUCGAGAUAUACAUUUAUAUAGAUGUGUGAACAUACAUAUAUUUGCAAAAUGAAAAUACCUAUUUAUUCUCUUGCAUGCUUUGUUUUGAAAUAGAAAACAGUCCCAUAAAAAAGUACGCCCAGCAAACCCAGUAGUUGAAUGAGUUUGUGGUUCCUCAAAAACCGGAAUUUAAGAAUUAAGAUGUGUUGCCUGUUUUCAUCAUCAUUUGACGGAUAUGCCUUAUUGAGGCGCUUGAGAUCCCAUUUGGAAUACAUAUCAUAGGUAGAGAGAUUUCCCUUUAAAUAUAAAUUGUUUGGAGAGACAGAUUAUUAACUUAACUUAGAGCUUAAUCAACAUUAGUCUAACCUCUAACUGCUUGAAAAACAUUUCCGUGCAGAAAACACUACAUAUUUAUAGAUAGGACGACGUACGGCGAAAGUUUCGAAAAUAACUUCAAUACCAGCCUUGCUGGAAAGGCCAGCAACACUACCACUGAAAAAUCAAGCAGAAUCACACUAGUUUUAAACUGAACCCAAUAAAUUGCUUGUACGGGUCCCAUACAUAUUCUACUAUACGCUCAAGCUAGGAACCAUGCGGUCUUUGAGUCUCCCAUUGAGUUAGAGACCUUGGCAACGCUAUGGUGGCCAAUUAAUUAAACAGACUAGUGCCCAUAAUGUAAUUAUGACCAAUUGAAAUUGUAAAUCAAAACAAGCACAAAUAAAGUCGACAGCGCGCUUAAGUCGUCAUACAAUUGAAAGAAGCACAAAACGACGUUGAUAGAAUCAGCCAUCGCCAUCAAUGCAACCAAACCACAACGACUCACACAAAUUUGUGAAAUUAUGAAUUUACAAAAUAUUUGGGGCUGUCAUUUCAAACAGCAUUCACCCCAUUAACUUGGGGUUGUGUCGCGCGCGUUCAGUUCCAAGUGGGCUCUUGUGUCGCACAUAGUUCGGAUUCGGUUUCGUGUCGCAAUCAUUUCGGGAAGUCCACUACUUAAGAAGUUAUGAAAAUUUGCUUAACCGUCUAAUUAACAUACCAUCCAUGGAUUUCGAUGAAGUACUUAAAGAGGUGGGAUCCUUUGGCUUGUACCAAAAAAUUAUUAUUUGUUCGGUGCUGUUGCCUGCCGCGCUACCAUGUGCCUUCCAUGCCUACAGCCAAUUAUUUAUCGCAGCGUCGCCGAAACACUGGUGCCGUGUACCCGAACUAGAACCAUGGGCGCAGGAUUAUGGAAUGUUGGUGAAAAAUCUUAGCAUACCGUUGGGUGUUUCAAAUAACAGCGCAGAAUACGAGAGUUGCAUAAUGUACAAUCGUAAUUACUCGGAUAUAGUGCGGUAUAUGGAAUAUCGUACGCCCAUAGAGUUGCAACAGGAUAAGGUGUGGCAAAUUGGUAAUCCCGGGCUUGCGCAGUUACAACCAUGUCAACAUGGUUGGUAUUACGAUCGUACCAUGUACACCAGCACAGUGGUCACAGAGUGGAACCUGGUUUGUGAGCGGAGCUACUUGGUCACGCUUGCUUUGGUUUUGUUUGGUGUUGGUGGUUUGAUCGGGAACUAUGUGUUCGGCUAUUUGCAAGACAUGUGGGGUCGACGUCCCUCUUUUUAUGUAUAUCUUAUUAUAGAAAUUGUUGCAUGUGCAGCUAGCGCUUUCGCAUGGAACUACUACUCGUGGUUGGGUAUGCGCUUCGUCGUGGGUCUUACCGUGCCCGCCAUACUUGCGAGUCCAUAUGUUUUAGCUAUUGAACUGGUUGGUCCUGACAGACGUGUCUUCUGUACAAUUGUCUCCAAUAUUGCAUACUCGUGUGGCCUGGUACUACUAGCUGGUAUAGUCUAUCUUAUACGGGAUUGGCGCUUUCUCACACUGACCGUCUCACUCCCUCUGUUAUUGCUUUUUUCCUGCUACUUUGUGCUACCCGAGUCGCCACGUUGGCUGAUCGCAGUGGGUAAAACGCGAGAAGCGGCACGUAUUUUGAAAACUAUAGCUCGGGUCAACGGUCAUAAUAUUCCGCCAGAUUUCGUAAAAAUUGUCCAACAGAAAUUGCAACAAACAGAAGCGGCAAUUCGGAGCGAAUCGGAUGCAUCUUAUGGCAUUUUGGAUUUGUUUCGCACCACAAAUAUGCGUCGCAAAACUUUAAUUAUUACACUUAUUUGGUUUGCAAACACCAGUGUCUAUGUCGGGUUAAGCUAUUAUGCACCGGCUUUGGGUGGCGAUGAAAUAUGGAACUUUUUUCUAGCCGGGGUUGUAGAAUUGCCCACAUACUUUAUGCUAUGGCCAGGUUUGAGCUACUUCGGGCGGCGCUGGAUUCUUUGCAUUUCUAUGUUAGUGGGUGGCGUCGCAUGUGUGCUGACGUUGUUGUAUGAUGAGCAGCCGGAAGUAAUGUUGUUGCUAUACUGUGUCGGCAAGAUGGGAAUUUCGUCGGCAUUUGUUGUGCUUCCGCUUCUCGCCUCUGAGCUCUACCCAACCGUGGUGCGUGGCUUGGGCAUGAGCUUCAGUUCGGUUGUUGCUAUGAUCGGACCUAUUGUAAUACCCAUUAUUAAUCACAUGGGUCAACGUAUGCUUGUAUUACCGUUAAUUAUAAUGGGUAUUCUUUUAAUAAUCGGUGGUUUGGCUAGCCUGUUUUUACCGGAAACGCGAGGUAAAAAUUUACCGCAGACCAUUGAAGAAGGUGAGGCGGUGCCCUUGAGAUUUUUCAAUUGUGGUUGCUGUUGUUGUUGUACAAAAACCCCACGUAGUCCUGAUCUGAAUAACUCGGCUCUAGUGGCGAAAUAUAAGAGACAGCGUGAGCGAGAGCAAAUUGGGCGAGGACGACGGCAACAAAUCACAGUUUGCAGUAUUUGCAAGAACGAAAUCAAGGAAACGUGACAAAUUCAAUCAGUUAUACCAAAUCGAGUUGUAAAAUGUAUAAUCUAAUUAAGUUGUCGCCCAAAAGUUCGAAUUGGACAUUUCAAUAAUAAAAAUAUGUGCUAUUUAUUGGGCAGGUUCAAAAGACAGUAAAUACAAAACUAGUUUAAGCAAAGAACGGCUUUGCCGAAAAUGGAAUUUAUUUAUGCGACAUAGAGGCUGAUGUCUGUAGUGUCUAGAUUAUAUUUCUUGUGUUGUUAUUAGGUGGCUUCAGAAUUUUAUCCUUCAAGUCUAUCCUAGAACGGGAGAAGGCAGAUGAAAAACGUUUAG